GGGAGAGAGGGAGAGCGAGCGAGAGAGAGGUGCGUUGCUGCGCUUGUGCCCCGUCCUCCUGCUCGAAGAGCGCUGCAGCCAUGGCCGGCGGCAGCAGCACUGCGGGGCCAGGCGGCUCGACGGCGGCCCACCGCGGCCCGAAGUCGAAGCCCGCCCGCCCCGACAGGGCUUCGCCCGGCCCCGCGGCGGCCCCGAAGCGGAGGCGCCCCGGCGGCAUCCCGCUGUCCGAGGUGGAGGUCGGAGAGUGGUACGACGGCACCGUCACAAACUCCGUCCCCUUCGGAGUAUUCGUCGACUUCGGGGCCGUCAAGGAUGGCCUGGUGUACAUGGACAUGGGGCGGAAGCGUGGCCUCAAGCGCGGCGACGUGCUCGCCCGCCUCCGCGUGGUGUCGGUCGACGAGGAGCGCGAGCGCGCCGUCCUGCGCCUGGCCUCGGGGCGCGUGCGGCGCGGGCUGCGGCGGGGCGACGUGCUGAGUGGGUGCCACAUCGACUGGGUGGACGCCGCCGCGCGCCGCAUCCAGGUGUCGCUGCUGGACGAGGGCGCGGACGCCGCCCCGAGGCCGAGCGCUCCGCGCGAGCCCGGCGCCCAGCCGCGCGGCCGCGGGGCCGACGGAGGCUUGCCGCAGGCACCGGGCCAGCCGCGCGUGGGGGAGCUGGUGGACGGCCGCGUGACCAGCGCCAGCCCGUCCGGCAUCCUCGUGGACAUUGGCGGCCCCGAGGACGCACGGCUGAGCGUGCCGCGGAGCGCGGCGCGGCAGUUCCAGUGCGGCGACCGCGUGGUGGGCAUGCGGGUGGACGCGGUGGACCAGGAGAGGGGCUGGGUCACCGUGUCGCUGGACGAGCCCGAGCUCAGCACCGGGGAGGCGGAGGACGAGGACGAUCCCGCCGAGCCCAGGCCUGUGGCGUCGAGGGAGUGCGCGCUCGGGUGGGACGUUGCUCGGCGCGGCGCCGCCGGCCGCGCGCGGGGCGUCAAGGGGCUCUGCGCCGGGGACUUCGUCGACGGGGUCGUGGAUCGGUCCAGCGCGGAGGGCGUCUUCGUCCAGGUGGACGGCGCUGGCGAGGGCCGCCUGGAGGUGCCGAGGAGCCUCGCCAGGCAGUUCCUGCCCGGUGACCAGAUCCACGGCAUGCUCGUGGAGGAGACUGACCCGAGGAGCAACGAGUUGCGGCUCUCCUUGGAGGCCCCGCGCCUCGACGUCUGCGGCGGCGCGGCGCCAGAGGCGCGGGAGUUCCUGGCGCCGACUUGGUCCGCGCCCUCCGGCAUGUGGGCGCCGCGCCGCGAGUGGCCCGCCCCGCGCGGGGGCGGAGACCGUCUCGGCGGCCUCGUGGCGGCCACUCCGCCGGCGGCCACGCCGGCGGCCUCCCGGCGGGCACUGCAGCGGCAUUUGAUGUCGGCGGCAGAGCGGUGCGUGGUCCGCCCCACGCAUCGCAGCUUGCGGCACGGCCUCCCAGCACAGGAGCCCGUGGCCCAGUCUCCUGCGAGCGCCAUGGCUCCUCGGAGGGUUGCUGCUGACGAACCGUGGAUAUGCAAGUCGUGCGUCCACUCUGUCACUGGCAAGCCGUGGUUCAAUGCAGGAGGUACGUUGUACUGCAAGCAGUGUCAGCUUCAUAAGUCGGUGGUGUUCAAAGAGUACAAGCGAGGAAAGACCCCCAGCGUCCAUGCUGCGGGAUCCAAGAGCCCCAGCCCGGUGGACAAAGGCCUCGCUGCUCGGUGCGCACAGCUCGAAGAACAGGUCAAGAGGCUCACCGCAGAGAAGGCGGAGCCAUCACCGCCACCACCAUGGGCGCAGUCACAGCCCGACGGAGCUGAGGAGAAACGCAAGCGUAUCAAGGAGCUGGACUCUAUCAUGCGCAUGCUCUCCUCCGACAGGGAUGCGACGGUGCUGGCCAACUUCAAGAAGGAGAAGGAGACCUUGGAGCGGGAGCUGUUCGACGGACGCCCGAUUGAGGACCAGGCUCGAUCGCUGGCGGCGAAGCUCCAGCAUGCGAGGUCCCACGAGUCCAGCGUACGCAGGGCGGUCGAGGAGCAGAGAGCCACGAUCCUGGAGCUGCAGGGACACUUGGACAAGGCUGAGGCCAAGCUCGUGGAGGCUUCCGCUGAAGUGGUCAGGCUCGAGGAGGAUACGCGCAAAGCCAUGUCCCAGGCCCGCCCGCCCGAGCAGUACUCUGGGCUACAAGCUAUGGCGGAGACGGUCACCAAGCUGCAGCAGGCGCCGCAGGCAAAGCCACCCUCGCCCCAGACCCCAGGGCCACCUGCACAAGAGCCUGAAGAUGAUGAAAUUUCAGACAUCGAGAUGGGGGAGGAGGACAUGCGGGCCACGCUCAAUGCUGCAGGAAUCCCCACGGACGAGAGCGUCUCUGCCGAGACAGUCACGGAGAGGUUCAAGCGGUUCCAGACGACGUACAUUGAGCGGGGUAUCAGCUUCACCUACGACCCCAGGGAGGACUACGGCGUCGGCGGCGAGUACUACACCGUGGGCAAGUGUUCCUUCGGACCACUGUUCGACUUCCUGGCUGUUGCGAAGGCCAAGAUCAUUUAUGCACAGGAGACGAGGAUUGUGGAGUCACGCCUCGGGGAGUUCCAGCACCGCGCCAAGGACCUCGGCCUCCACGGGAUGUGGGCACCAGCCCUGGCGACCAACGCUAGGGGCCCGCAGGCCAAUCACUGCGGGGUCGCAAUAUUGGCGCCCACGAACGUGAUGAUCACGAAGCCUCCUGACGGCGACCCCAUCAUCUACCCAGGCAGAGUGGUUGCCAGCUUUGUCAAUUGGGGCGUUCCUGGUGGGGUGAUUGUGGUCAGUGCAUACUUGGUGACUAGCAUUGGGCUGACGGGUGAGAACCUUUCCAUACUGUGGGCCAUAGCGCAGAGAGCUGCGACCUGGAAUGCUGCGGGUUUCGAUUGGAUCUUAGCAGGUGACUGGAAGUCUGACAUAGCAGCUCUGAAUGCGAGGAGGUGGAUUGAGUCUCUUGCUGGGUUGUCUUACACGCCAUCGUCGGCCACGUGCUGCAAGGAGGACGGCAAGUCUACGAUCGAUUACUUCAUCGCGUGUGCAAAUUUGUCGUCAAGGCUCGGGGCCGCAGUGGUGGAGGUUCCCGUACCCGUGGGAGGCAGUGGACCAUGUUUUUCUGGAAGUGAGGUUACGGAUUUGGCCCUGCUGUGGGACACGGUCCUGGACGGUAUCGAUUUCGAGCUGGCAGGGCGUUAUGACAAGGUUGACAAGGACGCGGUCCCUUUCGUUGGCAGGUCGGAGCGGGACCGGCUGGGCAGGUUUUGUCAACGGUUACAGUUGGCUUCAGUGGUCUGCCAGCUAACGCCCCUGCAGUACACCAAGGUGUUGCACGCCUUCUACGAGGUGGACCAAUAUUGCCGCAGGAUCGCUCGCGACAAGAAGACAUGCCACUACCUAGAUCAGGACACCGUAGACUUCCUGCUGCGAGGCCUGGGCAUGAUCGGCGAUGCUGACUUCGAUUCGGGCCUGGACAACAUCACGUGGAAGGCCGAUGAGGUGCUGAAGGCAGCGAGAGAGGCCUCGGAGAAGGCUUGGCGAGGUUGGGCCAAGCAGGCUUUUCUAGGUGGGGCCAGUCGGGCCCAUGCAGCCUCCAAGGUGCGAGGCAAGCAGGAGCAGCUCAAUUUCGACGUGAACGCUCAGCCGUACCUGCUGGCAAACCACACCCUUGACGCGUGGGAAGGCGCAUGGCGGCAUCACGACCUGUUGCCCCCAGGGCUGCCGCCAGGCCACGAGCUGGCCUGCUCUGCCCGAGCUCGACCACCAGCAAGUGCGGGCGGCCAUUCGCAAGUUUUCGACGAGGACGGCAGCUGGGCCGAGCCGAAUUUCACCCAGAUGAGACCAGUCUCGGCAGCGUGGCAGGCUGGCUACCAGUGCGACCAGAUGUGGGGCACGAGAGCAGGCCACACGUCUACGGACUCGGCGCUUGAUCAUAAUAUUCAGCAGGUCUCCCCCACGGUGACCCCGAGGACGCUCAUGGACGACAUUGGGCUCCAACAUACCUCCCAGGACCCUACGGAGGCCAAGUACCUUGCGCUGGCGGCGAGGGGUUUCAUCCAGGACUCCAAGGGUCUCGGCAUGAUCUUGAAGGCUUCCAAGUCUGGGGCUGUUGUUGGUUCUCGGAAGUUCUGGAAGGGGGUGCAGCGCCACAUGGGCUCCAUGAAGAUCCCGUACAAAGGCCACAUGAGGAACCUAGGUCACGAGCUCACGGGGCCCAAGGUGAUUCGGGGCAUGGAAAAGAAGCGUCUCAAACAGCUCAGAGAGAGGAAGGCGAGGUUUUCCAUGCUGAAGUCUGCGGUCGGCAAGGUCGCGACGGCUCUGUGGCGCACAGGCGCCCUUCCAUCAGUGGCGCACGGUGCUGCAGUUGCUGGAGUAAGCGACGUUGCACUUCGAGAGUUGCGUCUUUUCGCCGCCGUCUUGAACGGCGCGCCAGGUAAAUUUAACACUGGUGUGACUGCCUACUUGGUCAGCCACAAGAGCGAUUUCCACGAUCCUAUUUACCACGCCACUCUAGCCAUUGUCAUCAAGUUUGCGGAGUGGGUCUGGGACAGCCCUGCGGCCUGCAGCGCCCCGCCCCUGCGCUCGGCGCGCGGGGGUGCUCCAGGUAUCGGUUGGAUACCUUGUCAGGCAGUGUAUCCAGCAUUAGUUCGCAGUCAGAUUUUCGGGGCGGAUUCAUGGCUGUUUGCAUGCGGCGACGGCUCCCGAUGUGGUUGCGAUGCCAACGGCGGCGCAUCCGCGUUGGGCACCAGCGGCGGCAGCCAGGCCUUCCUGCAGCAGCUGCGCGGUGCCACGACAGUCGCCAGGCUUGGGGCUGGCGCUGGCGGCGCUUCCGAGAAGAAGGCACCGCCGCAGAUUUGGCUGCUCUUAUCUGGGGUCCGCUUCCAAAGCGAGCCUAUAAGGAAUGACGACGCCGCCCCUGCCACCAGGGGGGCCACCCUCUUGACUGCUGCCGACCUCGGCCCGCGGCUCGUGCUCGGUGCGGCCCGUGGCCAGGACCUGGUGGGCCGCCGCGUCCAGGGCUCGCCGCUCGGCAUUGCUCAGGGCGCGCGGAGCAGUGCGAGCUCCGAGCUGGAGCAAGGAGCCGGGCGGGUGCGCAGCAUCGCGAUGACUCGCCCGGGCGGUUACGUGUAUUACCACGCGCAGGUCGGCUUCGCAUACCUCACGCUGAGGGGCAGGGCGCGCAGGACGCUGGCGCAGGCCAUCGAAGACCGCACCGUGCUGCUCGACGUCAAGCGCCGGGCCCUGGGACCCACUGCGGCCGCGGCUGCAGCUGAGGCCCCGCACCCCGCGGCGGCUGCAGCGGCGGGGGCCGCCGCCGCUCGCGAGCAGGCUGGGAGGCAGCCUUCCCCGCUGGAGCAGCGGCUGCGCGCCGCGGUGGCGCAGGUGCUGGAUGCGCGGCAGAGUGGUGUGGCUGCGAUCGGCGCAG